CAGGGUGACAGAGAACAUCAAGGCACAGAAGGAGGAGGAAGCUUAGCUCUAUGGGCAGCGCAACACCUUUAAUCAUGAAGUGUCCUGAAGUGAGUAGUUCCUCGGGCACGACGAGCAGGAGCGACCUUCAGCUUUAUCAAGAGGCCCUGUCAUGUAUGGACCUCAUUGCUUCGAAGCUGGAGAAGGACGUGGACCUCCCCAUGAUCGACCAACUCUACGAGAGAUGCAACUCUGCCAUAGAGGAGCUCCGGACCUCUCAGCCCAAUCCACACAUAUCGGUUUCUCUUGAGAAUUUGUUAGAAACACUAAGCUUCCAACAGUCAUUAUUGGAUUCGCGACGCAGGGCUAAUGGAACAGAUCGGAGGAGAACGGUUAGUGAAGGCUGCUUGAACUACAAAGGCUCAUGCAAAGCUGGGAGUUGCAGCAUGCGCAGGAACUCGGAACGUUUUGAGAGGGAAGCCGACCGUUUCUUAGAAGUUGAAGACAUGUUGAUGCCGCUGAGUGCUGAGGGAGGUUCUUUGGAAGACAUUGCUGGCCUGCAUGAGGUCAAACAAAUCCUACGGGAGGCGGUUGUGAUGCCUAUGCAGUACCCUCAACUGUUUCAAGAUGGUGCCAAGCCAUGGACGCGUCUCCUGCUCUAUGGUCCUCCAGGAACGGGGAAGACUGUUUUGGCUCGAGCACUGGCUUCUGAGCUACAAUGUCCUUUCUACUGUGUUUCGUCUGCCAAUCUACUCUCCUCAUGGGUUGGAGAGUCAGAAAAGCUUAUAAGGGAGUUAUUCCAUCAAGCACAAAGUCACCCUGGCCAGUGUGUUAUUUUUAUUGAUGAAAUCGACAGUUUGUGCAGGAUUCGCUCACAGAUGGAAGAUGAACAUUCGCGCAGGGUGAAGACAGAAUUACUGCAGCAGAUGGAAGACAUAAAGCGGAAUGGGAGGUCGUCUGUUUUUGUGAUGGGAGCCACCAACUGCCCUUGGGACCUCGACCCAGCUUUCCUCAGGAGGUUCCAGAGGAGGAUUUAUGUUCCUCUCCCUGACAGGGAGAGUCGCCGAGCAAUAAUUUCUAGCCAGUUCAAGACGGCACCCCUAGAUCUUACUGAUCCAGAGUGGACGAAUCUCCUGGACACCACGGAAGGGUUCUCGGGUGCUGAUCUCACACACCUGGCAAUGGCCGCUGCCUUCUUCCCCAUCAGGGAACUGCAGACGUCUCGCUUCUGGAGGUUUACUCAUGAUAACAAAAUCACCCCCUGUUCAAGUGACACUCUCGGUUCCAUGCAGUAUCCAUUGAGUAAGCUCCCGGCAGACAAGGUUAUAGCCCGUCAAGUAGAGCUGAAGGAUUUCAUCUCAGCCUUGCAGACGACACCACGCACAGUCUCGCCCAAAGUUGUUCAACAGCACAACGAGUUCUCCAUGGCAUCCAGCCAUAGUUAGGGCUCUGAAGCUUUCCUGAUGUUGCUCCUUUUCUUUCUUUUAUGAGAUUUCUCUAUAGUAUAUUGGAAGUUUAUGAAUUUUCUAUUAAGAAGAUAAUAAAGAAUUACUUAAUGUAAUUACUAGUCAUAAUAGAAAAGACAGCCAAUUAUUUUGAAAAUGUUUAUUUUCAGUAUGUAUAUGUAUAUAUACUGUUAUUGAAUUUAUUUCUUCCUUGUAAAGGAAGCAUUAUGAUGAAAGCCAUCAAGCUUGCUCAUAUAUUUUGUAAAUAUAUUUUUCUUUAAAAAGAAAACAUUUUCCAUUAUAUAGGAAGAUGAUAUUAUUAUGUGUGAUAUAGUAUAAGGGAGAUGGAUAUCGAGAAAUUAUUUUUACCCACUUCCAGUUUGAGACGUGCUGAACUGUGAAUAAAACGAGUCCCAGUUCUUGCACUAAACUUGUGAGGUGGUUCACUUUGAUUUGUAUGGCUGUCAAACCUUUAGAAACAUUUCAGAUAAGAUAUAUAUAUAUAUUUUUUGUAUUUUCCACUUUAUUAUAUUGUCUACUUUUCUUUGUUACUAGAACUUUGAUUGAAUUAUCUUCAUUUUCGUAUUUUCUUUUCUUCUGUUACACAUUUAAUAAUUAAAGUGAUGACUCAA